AUGGGGUUCCCAAUUGCACUAAUGAUUGAUUAUGUAUGGAAGUCCCCGAAACCACCUCCUGGAACCAAGAGGCGCGCUCUUGAUAGAACGCAUCCCGACAACUUCAAAUACUUUAGAAACUGGGGGUUCACCAUCUAUCGCACAUACUACGGUCCCGAAUCAGAUGAAUCCUGGAAUACGCUUCUCCAAGUUUUGACUCAGCAGACCCGUCUUGCACUUGGCUAUCACGACACAGACAGACUUCGGGCCAAGGAUUGGCGAUGGGCGAAUUUUUAUAAGGGAGACAAGGCCACAUAUCCGGAUCUAAUAAACAUCAUGAAGCGGCUUUUUCGUCUCUUUCCUCGAGAGGAUCCUGAUCGGCUUGCCGGUCUCGAUGUCGCCGGUAUACGAAAGCUUUGCCUUGAAGAAGGAGAGCAAGCCGAAAGCGAAAAGAACAUGGUUGGUACCCGCUUAAAGUUUGUACUUGUUGCAGAUGAGGCUGUCCUCAAGGACAUUGCGAAUGAUAUAUUCGUUGUCAAGACAGUUGGAUAUGACUGGGACCCAAUUCAGGAUUCUAGGAGCUGGGGUUGGAUGAGGCUCGCAACAGGCGAUUUGCUAGAGUUUUGGGAAAUGAUUCUGAUGGCUGAUGAAUAUAGCAUUAGCAAGUACUAUGAUAUUUUUUUUAAAGGCUCAGAGGAGGAUCUUGAGAAGCAUGUUUGGUGGGGGUCUGCAUCUUUGUCGAGGUUUGGAGACUGCUCUCGGGUCCAGACUGCGUGCAAAGACGAUAAGUUUGGUCGAUUCAGAUUCGAUCCUUAG